UGCUUGAACGAUCUGGCGAGCAUAUUGUAACAUCAAUCAGGAUGGGAGCAAAAGUAGAAGGCGAGGGCUACAGAACUGGGCAUUAUGCCGUGGGCGAUCUCAACGCGGGCGCCAAUGGCUGGAGGUCGCCAUACGAGGAGGAGGAGAAGACAUCAGAGGAGCAGUUGUGUAACGGCUCCAUGACAACAGAGGCAAUUGGUUGUACAGAUUAUGAUAGAGAAAUGUUCAAGCGCACAAUGCUGGCUCAUGAAGCUGUAUUUAGACAGCAGGUGUAUGAACUGCAUCGGGUCUACAGAAUACAGAGCGACCUGAUGAAACAUUAUAGAAACAAAGAAAUGCAUGCGUGCCCAAGGCUGGGAGAUGCAUCACAGAGAAACUCACCGCCACAGGUUCCUCUGCACGGUGCGAAGACGGCCGCUGCAGCAGCUGCUGCUGUGAACAUUGAAAAAAGCCAAUCCUUGAAGUUUCUGAGGGAAGGCAGUGUCCAGUCCUCGCCAAAUGGAUUUCCCUCAAGUGAUGCCGCUUUACACACCAAACAAGCCAUGUUUGACCUUGAGCGCGGAGCUGAUAAUUGUUUUGAAGAUGACAAUGCAUCGGAUAAUAAGCCUAUAGAUUUCCUUGGUGUAUCAUCAGAUGCAAAACAUCAGAGUGAUUCUGCCGUCACAUUAGCUGGGGCGGAACGCUUUGGGAGGUUGGGUCAUAAUAGUUCAACCUCUUUUUUGCCGACUAUAGGUAAUCUUGGAGGCCACCAUGUCGCUGAUCUGAAUGAGCCGAUUUUGGGCACAAGUAUGGGAAGACCAAAUGGGUCAGUAUCUGGAGGUCCUUUAUAUUCCCUGGACAACUCUUGGCAGCAGUCGGCAUGGAGAUCAAGCGUCACUAACAACAGUUUCAAUAAAGAAUACACCAUAGACAAGCGUACUAAUGAAGGAACUAGCUCAAAUUUCUUUGAUACUAGUUCCAGGAUAAAACAGGAGGAGAAACCAUUCAUUGAUAAAGGGAAACAUGCCAGCAACGGAGGUUUUGUUGCACCCAGAUACAGCGACACAGAUGCACGGGCAACCUUCAAUGUUGCUGAUGGGAGAUCUGCAAACAUUAACCAGUUUAUGUACCAAUAUCCGAAUAGCUCAACCGGAUGGUAUUCUAGAAGUCCUCUGGAAGGGUCUGCUCUCAAUAUGUUUUCUAGACAUGACCAUCCACAUGGUUCAAGUCCUAAUACACUGGUUGCUCCAAUCCCUUCUCCGCACAUAGGCCAUCCUUCUGUUGCCUCUCGUGUCGGUUCUUGCAUAGUAGACCCAAGGAGCUAUAGCAACAAUGCCGGUUUCCAAUCAUUUCCAAGUUUCAAUGGAUCUUCAACGGUAAAUUCUUAUGCAUGCCUUGGUGCUGCGAACCAAAGCAUUGGAACUUUCAGAUGUAAUCCAAAAGGAAUCGAUAAGUCAGAUGGUAGGUAUUCUGGCGCUCCACUUGAUUCAUCGUCUGCUUCACGACCAUGUCAGCAGGCAACAAUUUCAAGUGACUUGAAGCAAAAUAAGAGGCAGAUGUUUGAGCACCCUGCACGGCAGUGCCACGAUGAUCCUGACUUUGCAAAUGGUAAGGGCAGAAAUAACUUCAAUUUGAAUGAAGCACUUUCAGAUGGUCAGGAAGAUAUUCCUGUAGAGCAAGACAGGGUAUAUGCUGGCAGUUUACAACAUAUUGAAGGUGAGGGAUCAGUAUCUGGGAUCUCUUGGCUCAGUAAGAAAGCUUCAUUUGGUGAUUCCACAGGUUUGGAAGAGCCAAGGAAGGUGUUUGAGAAUUCAUCUCUAAUGGAGAUGAAAGUUAAUAAAGGCAGAUCGGGAGCAGCUCUGGCUGUUAGCAAUUUGCCAGAUUCUGCAUCAACAUCUGUAGGUUGCGGAGCUAAGAAGGAUAAAACCCAGGAGAGUGCUGCAUGUUUACCUCCUUCAUGCCAGAACCUUGUGCCUAGAGAUGGGCAAGCUGCUGCCAACAAAAGUGGUGCAGCCAUCGUGAAUUUCUUUGAUCUGAAUGAUGAUAUACCAAAUGAAGAUAAUUCAGAGUCAUCCAUAGUGUCACAUGAAUGCCAUGCGACCUCAUUACAGAACAACCAUGCUAAGCGUGCGUUUGUGAUCGACUUAGAAGUGCCAGCUUGUGAAGAUGCUGCCGCUACAGCCGCAGCAGAGGACAUCAUUGCCUUGUCAAUGGAUGUGCCAACCACAGAUACACCAGAAAAUAUGUUGCAGUGGUUUGCGGACCUCGCUGUAUCAAGCAUUGAUGAUGACGAUUUAGAAACAUUUGAAUCGUUGACACUGAAGCUGGAAGAGACCAAGGCUGUUGUUGAGUUCUGCAGCAGGCCAGUGGCACCCGCAGUAGAAAACGAUGAGCAAACCGUUUCACCCGUGAAUCUCCUGACCAAGCCAAAGAGGGGAGGCAAUCAAAGGAAGCGCCGGCAGAAGCGCGACUUUCAGAAAGAUAUCCUGCCCAGCAUUUCAUCAUUGUGCCGUCCUGAAAUCAUCGAGGACAUUCAGUUGCUAGAGGGGUUAGUUCAGACGACUGGUGGAUCCUGGGAGUCAAGUUUCACUAGGCGUCGGCGGUCAAGGGGUAAAAAACCCAAGAAGAAGGUGGAAGAUACCGUAGAAGAAGAGGUGGAGAUCAGCCCUCCGCCCUCAAAACCUGAUGAGUCGGGCUUAGAGGCUGAAGACAGGGGUAUGAUCGGGUGGGGAAGAACAACGAGGCGGUGUCGCAGGCAGCGAUGCCCGUCGGGUAUGACCAUCGCUGCUGCAUCCUGAAGUAUUUGUCCAGCUGCUGAGUGAUCACGAUUUGUGGCUGGGUGUGAGUUUGUCACAGCCAGGAGUGUACAUACUUGAUUGGUCAAUUUGGCCUCCCAUGCUUUUGGGUAGGAACAUGGCGACCACUUUUCUGAAAAAUUGGUAAAAACCUUAGUUCAUAAGAUUGUCCUGCGGCAGCAGUAACAUUAUUCAUCUCUGAAAGGGUAUAGAUGAGAAUUCUUCUUCU